GAUGAUGCAUCAGGUGAAAAGCAGGUGAGAUCAGAGCAGAUAAAUCAGACGUGGGGUGAAGGCAGCCCUGCAGAGCAGCUCUGCCCACCUGGCUGCAUGAAGUCCUGCAGCAGUCAGUAACCCAGCAGACACCUGAGUCAGAGCUUCCUGCUCUUUGUUCUGCUGCUGUGCAGCAUGUCCGUCUCUCAGUCCAACGUCUCGGCUGAGCUGCAGUAUCAGGACUUCCUGGAGAGAGUGAUCACCUUCACCCUGGUCACCAUCCCCUCCUGCAUCUUCCUCUUCAUCAACGGCACCAUGAUGUUCACGCUCAGGAGUAAAUCUGUGUUUUGUGACACCUGUCGCUACAUCCUGCUGUAUAACCUCCUCUUUGCAGACACGGUGCAGCUGAUGACCGCCCAGGUUCUCUUUCUUCUCGCUGUUUGUAGAAUCAGGCUGACUUAUCCUGUUUGCGGCACCAUUACCAGAAUUGCAACCCUCUCCAAUGUGAUCUCUCCUCUCACGCUGCUGGUGAUGUCUCUGGAGAGGUUCGUAGCUGUGUGUUACCCACUGAGGCACGCGGCCAUCAUCACCAUCAACAACACCAGGAUGGCUGUCAUCGCUCUCUGGGCUUUCAGCUCUCUACACAACCUCACAGGCGUCGUCCUGCUGCUGGGUUUCCCCUUUGAGAAGCAGGAGACGCUGCAGAUGACCGACUUCUGCUCCGACCUGGCCAUGCUGCUCGGCCCCCGGUCUAAAGAUUAUAACAGAGGCUUCACUAUUUUUCUCUUUGUUUCCGCUGGUGUCGUGAUCCUUUCUUCAUAUUUAGGGGUAAUAAAAGCCGCCAGGUCGGCCUCCACGGACAAAUCUUCGGCUCUGAAGGCUCGUAACACGCUGCUGCUGCACAUGGUGCAGCUGUGUCUCAGUCUGUCCUCAACCAUUUUCAACCCACUGCUUCUACUGAUUAUAAAAGUUGUAACAAGGGAUGUAUUUGCACGAUUACAUAAAUUUCUUUAUGUUUUAAUCAUUUUAUUUCCGACGUGUUUAAGUUCUCUUAUCUACGGCCUUAGAGAUCAGAGUAUCAGACCGGUUCUUCUGCACAAUCUGAGCUGUCGAAUUAAAGUCAAAGUUGUUGCAGCCAAAGGCUGAAAUGUUACCUUUGUCUUUCCAAGUGUUCAUAACUCUUAAAAUUGUGACCUUUGAUGUUGAAAUUGCAUCUUUUUAAACGUUUUUAGAAAGGUUUCUCCUUAUUUAAAUUAAAAUAAAAAGAUGUGAUAGUGAACUAUGUCUUGCAGUGCUUUCUGAGAAACAGUGUGCUGUGUUUCAUAACUUUCCUCCAUCCGUCGCCUCCAGGAGCUCCAGAUGAGCUUCAGGCACAGAUUAAGACUUUAGUGCAAAUCUGAAGCAGAAACUACUUUCACCAAAUCUCUGCACAGACGGAUUUGACUCCCGCUCCACUUUGCUCUGAAUCAGGACGUUUUACAUGUAAAUCUAUAAAAAGUGAAACAGAAAUGUUUGCAGUGAUUAUAAAUAGAGCUUUUACAGAAUAAAGGAUGCAUGUGUGAAUUAGUGCAGAUGUGCAGGUAGUGAUCUGGUUCUCUGCUGGGCGUUCAUCAGACAGCCUGCAGGGAGCUGGCUGCUGACUGACGUCCAGGUCUGCUGUUUUCUCAUGGAGCUCUGAGAGCCGGCUCUCUGUCUGCUGCAGCUUCAGGCGCCUUUCUGGCUCCUCUUGGUGUGUCUCUGUGUGAUGGUCCCGGGUUCAGGGCCUGACACCACCUCCUGUGCUGGGCAGAGCGACGCCAGUGGCUGGAAGGACGAUGGGUUUACCUCUUCCAGCACAGAACCUCCAGAUGAGAUCCAGACAGCACAUUUCAUGUAUAUUUAGCAUUUGGGGCCAACUUAGUUUCUGGUGAUUAUUUUAAAUUAAAAUGUAAUGGGCAAAACAAUACUGGAACUUUAAUAUCA